UGUGCGCAAAGAGUGACCUUUGGACCUUAGGACGUUGUAUGCCUUUGAUCGGUAUAAAUUAUGGGAUUUGAUUUGGAUCGCUUCAGUGCUAUUGUGGACCCUGACUUUAAAUGCAACCUGUGUGAUAAAGUUUUAGAAGACCCGCUGACAACUCCGUGCGGGCACGUCUUCUGUGCCGGCUGCGUAAUUCCCUGGGUCGUGCAGCAAAACAGUUGUCCCGUCAAAUGUCAGCGUGUCUCUACUAAAGAACUAAACCACGUAUUGCCUCUAAAAAGUCUUAUCCUGAAAUUGGACAUAAAAUGUGACAACUAUGCAAGAGGCUGCACGCGACUGGUGACGCUCCAACAUCUGGCCGAGCAUACCGACAUGUGCGACUUUUCUCCAGCGAAAUGCAGAAACAAGGGCUGUAAUGAAGUGCUGAAUUUGAAGGAUAUGGAUUCACAUAUGCGGGAAACUUGUGAGUACAGGCCGGUGGAAAUUUGCGAAAAUGGCUGUGGAAUGAUGCUGCUGCACAAAGACCAGAACACGGACGAUCACUGUUGUUUGAAAGCUCUCAAAGCGCACAACAGCUCACUUCAAGUGAAAAUAGCCAGCUUGGAGAAGGAAUUGAAGAGACAAUCGUUGAGAGCUAUCAGCAGAGAGAAAUCUUUACUUGCUCAACUCUCUGCGGUUCACAGCGAGCUUCAGAUGACUGCCUUGAAAUAUCAGAGGAAAUUUGCCGAGUACAACGCACGGCUUGAUUCACUUUCCAAGAGCAGAACCCCUGCCUUCAAGGAUGGGGAAACCAGGAGUCUCAAAGUGAUUCUGCAUCGAUCAUCUGGAUCUUUGGGCUUCAAUAUCAUGGGUGGCAGAUCCUGUGGGGAUCCUGAAGAGGAGCAUUUGACUGAGGGGAUAUUUGUGUCAAAGGUGGUGGAGAAUGGCCCAGCAGACAAAGAGGGUGGUCUGCACGUUCAUGACAGGAUUAUGGAGGUGAAUGGCAGGGACCUGUCCAAGGCAUCCCAUGACCAGGCUGUGGAGGCCUUCCACCUGGCCAGAGAGCCCGUGGAGGUGCAGGUGCUGCGGCGAACGUCUGGCACACACACACCGACAGCAGCAGCAAUGGUGUCCAUGUCUGGCAGACCAGCCUGCAACCACAGAGGAGUGGACAGCAGCACACAGACGGACAUCACCCUGGAGCACAUCUCCACUCUCACCCAGAUGCCUGCCUCUUCCCUGGGGCCCUUGGCCAUGUCCCCCAUGCCUAUGCUGGGGGAAUACCUGCUACCCAAAGAUUGCAUGCCAAACUGUGACUGUUUUUACUCCAGUGAAUAUCUAGAAGGCAUUCAGCAAGAGCUUGACAAAGAGGAGCUAGAAUAUGAGGAGGUGGAUCUGCAGAGAAUGAGCACCCAGGACAAGCUGGGUCUGACAUUGUGCUACCGCACUGACGAGGACGAGACUGGGGUUUACGUCAGUGAGAUUGAUCCAAACAGUAUUGCAGCAAAAGAUGGGCGCAUUCGAGAAGGUGACAGAAUCAUUCAGAUAAAUGGCGUGGAGAUCCAGACGCAUGAGGAUGCAGUGGCCCUGCUGGCCUGCGAGAAGAGCAGAAAUGUGUGUCUUCUCAUGGCUCGGCCCGAGUGCCAGCUGGACGGAGGCUGGUUGGAGGACGACAGGAAUGACUUCCUGGACGGGCUGCACAUGGACAUGCUGGAGGAGCAGCAUCACCAGGCCAUGCAGUACACGGCCAGCAUGCUGCAGCAGAACAUGCACACUAGGCACGCUGGGAUGCAUGACACCGUCGCCAUCCUGUCUCACCACCACGAGAAGGACAGUGGCGUGGGCCGCACAGACGAUAGCACCCGCAACGACGAGAGCUCCGAGCAGGAGAACUUGCCCGACGACACUGGUCUGACCUCAGCCGUGCUGCUGGGCGACCCCCACGCGGUCCGGGCCUACAGCCAGGACACGCUGGGAAGCGGCGGAGACGGAGACGCGCACCUGAGCAACGACUCCUUCUUCUCGGCCGACGCCGACUCUCUGGGCCUCCUGGAGGACGAGUGCGAGCACUUCCGCGAGCUGCUGGAGCUCAAGUACCUGGUGCGGGGCAGUGGCGGGGGUCAGGGUUACGGCGGCGGUGGCCCGUGGCAGGGCGCCCACCCCAGCGUGGGCAUGGGCAGCGUGGUGAUGGCCGUCGACCCGGAGCUGGAGUUUCUGAAUGCCGAGCUGCGGCACAUCGAGCUGGAGUGCCAGAGCAUCGUGCACGCUCACCAAAUGCAGCAGCUGCACGGGCAGGUAUGCGGCGGAGGAGGUGAUGUAGGUGUAAAAGGCGGAGGAGGAGGAGGAGGAGGAGGCGACCUCGGCAUCAGCGGUGCUGCCGAGCCCUGGCUCCAUCGCAAUGGACUCCACAGGACGGACGCACGGCGCACUGAGCUCAGGGGUGUGAAGAUAGAGCCUCCAGACGACGCAGACGUCGAUGACGGCGGGCUGGACAAGGACAGUUCCAGCGCCUACAACACGGGCGAGAGCUGCCGCAGCAGCAGCACACCGGGCCCCAGCACCCUGGAGCUGUCCUCCUCCACCAGUUCCACACAGAGACACGGCAGUGAUGAGCCGGCCAAACACAAGCCUGACUGCAGGGACUCCAAGCACCCGCUCUCGCCCAUCCGGGAGUCCAGCAGCCCCUCCCGGAGCCGUCUGGCGGGUAAGCCGACAAAGGCCACGGCGACGACGACGACGACUACUGCGGCAGGGAGCAGACUGGGCGAGGUGGCACCUGCGGAAUCGAGGAGCUCGGUGAAGUCGCCGUCGCGCUCUCCUUACAAACACGCGCAUAUCCCCGCGCACGCGCAGCACUACCAGAGCUACAUGCACCUGGUCCAGCAGCGCUCGGCCGUGGAGUACACCCAGAGCCAGAGCAGCCUGGUCAGCGCGUGCUGCGGGGAACGCGACAGCCCUCGGCCCUCCGAGUCCCGCGGGGGUGCUGGCAGCGGGGCCAAGGCCGAGUGGAAGGUCAAGGUGCGGAGCGACGGCACGCGCUACAUCACCAAGCGUCCGACGCGCGGCCGGCUGCUGCGCGAGCGCGCCCUGCGCAUCUGCGAGGAGCGCUGCGGCGUCACCACGGACGACGACGCCGCCAGCGAGCUCAAGAUGGGCCGCUACUGGAGCAAGGAGGAGCGCAAGCAGCACGCCAACAGAGCCCGCGAGCAGCGCCAGCGCCGCGAGAUGGUCAAGCAGAGCCGCGCCGAGGCCACAGGGCCGCGAGAUGCGACCACCACCACCGGUGGUGUCAGGGGGAGCAGCGGAGGAGAGGGAACAGACGACAAGAGGGAGCCCGACAUCAUUGAGCUCAGCCACAAGAAGAUGAUGCGGAAGAGGAACAGGAGGAUCUUCGACAACUGGAUGACCAUCCAGGAGCUCUUGGCGCAUGGUACGAGGUCGCCGGACGGCACACGGGUGUACAACUCGCUCCUCUCUGUCACCACGGUGUAGAUGAGGGCCUCCAGAGCAAGGACUGCCUGGAUUACCGGGACUUCUUUGCAAUAGUGUUAGACUUCCAAGGCAGAGGGCCCUAAUUUAAAAAAAGCAAAGUGCAAAGUCUAAAGUUACUCAACUGAAGCUAAUUUAAUAAUGUUGGAAAAUCUAAUAGCUAAUUUAUUACCAUGCGCAAGAUCCUAAGCACAAAGGUCCAUGGUUCUGCUCAAUACUCCCACACACCACAUGAUAGCUUUAGUUCAUGCACGAGACACUUUGCUCUUUGCCCAACCCUUUAUACUAGGGCCCAGAGACUCACAAGAAAAUUGGAAGAAAGACCACACACUGUUUUGGGUGACGUAUUCUGCCCCCCUUGAUGUGACAAUCACAGCCAAAUUAUUAACAGAAGCCUGGUAAACGGACCAAAGGGCCAGGAGUCUUGAAAAGCUGGAUUUAUGGUAUCAAGUCUGUCAUUGACCAAAUGAGUGUGCACUAAUACGAAUCGAUGUGAGGAACAACGUGUGUCUGUGACAUAAAUCACUCCUUCCAGACUUUUGUCAUUGGUCUUUUUCAAUUGAUAUCCCAGGGAAGGCCUCACUGACCACAGACGAGGAUU